AUCGCCAUUAUGCCUUACGUUCCAGAACCUUGGUCGUUUGACGAUGUACUGAAGCUCACCAAGAUCAGCCCAGCCUACUGGAGAGCAACUUUCAACGCUCCGCCGUUGAAUCUCUUUACGCCGCGAACUUACAAGGCAUUGCGCACGCUUGUCGAGUUGCUCGAAAAUGACCAAGCUGUCAAGGUCAUCGUUUUCGACAGCUCCGCCCCAGACUACUUCAUGGCCCAUUACGACUUGUUAGCUAGAGAAGGGAACGAAAACGCAGAGGGUGCAGAGGCCUCUCCAGAAUCUGAGUGGCCCGGCUUUGUACUACGCUUUGCUCGCCUUUCCGCAGUUACAAUUGCUGAAGUUCGUGGUCGCGCUCGUGGUCUUGGCAGUGAAUUCAUUCUCGCGUGCGAUAUUCGCUAUGCCAGCCUCGAGAAGGCAAUCAUCUCCCAGCCAGAAGUCGGCGCUGGCAUUACUUGCGGUGGCGGCGGUAUCGAAUGGCUCCCCAUCGUGGUAGGUCGUUCGCGGGCUUUGGAGAUUCUAUUGGGUAGUGAAGACUUUGAUGCUGCGACUGCUGCCCAGUACGGCUACAUCAAUCGUGCUAUUAAAGAUGCGGAAUUGUCCGCUUUUGUAGACGGCUUUGCCCGUCGAGUAGCUGGGUUUGAUAGAAAGCCGUUGUUGGAAACCAAGCAAGCCGUUAAUGAUCGUGCCGGGUUGCCUCGCCUGUCAGACCUCACAGCAUCAUUAAAUACCUUUUCUAAGUCUUGUACCUGGCCCGAGUCCACAAAGCGAAUUCAGACUCUCUUUGAGAUGGGUUUGCAGCAGGAUGGGCCUUUGGAGAGGGAUAUGGGUCAGCAUCUUCCUAAAGUAUCAGUCAAGUUGUAUGGAAAGAAGGAAGAUGCUUAA